AUGGAGAAAUCGAAAAAUUUCAGAAUUGACGCCCUGCUCGCCGACGAGACCAACAGGGGCGGCCGGGAGCUCUCCCCGGGGCUGAGCAGCGACAGCCCGGCGGGCAGCCCGGUGUCCUGCCGCCGGGCGGACUCCCCCUCCCCGCGGGCCGCGCAGCUCCAGCCGGGACUCAUCCCCAAGCCGAGCGUCCUGAACCUCACGCACCCCGGGCUCGCAUCGCUGACUCAGGGGGCGAUUCACGGCAUGUACCCCGCGCCCAUGUACCCGCUGUCGGCCCUCGGGGGGCAGCACCCCGCGUUCGCCUACAGCGGCUUCACGCAGCUGAGUCAGUCCUACCCGGAGCACCUGAAGGCGGCCGCCAUGGCCGGCUCUCUGCCGCUGGAGCACUGGAUCCGAGCCGGGAUCAUGAUGCCUCGGCUGCCGGACUACAGCUCAGGUCCACAGUCCGGCCUGUUGGGGAAAUGCAGGAGGCCCCGCACCGCCUUCACCAGUCAGCAGCUGCUGGAGCUGGAGAACCAGUUCAAACUCAACAAAUACCUGUCCAGACCCAAACGCUUUGAAGUGGCCACAUCCCUCAUGCUGACCGAAACACAGGUGAAGAUCUGGUUUCAGAAUCGGAGGAUGAAGUGGAAGAGAAGCCGGAAGGCGAAGGAGCAGGCGUCCGCCUCGACCCAGCCUGAAUCCGAGCGGCUUCGCAACGGAGGAAAGACCGGCAGCGACAAAUCUGAGGAGAGCAGGCGGGCCGUGAAUCCAGACGACACCGGAAUAGAUCUCAGCCUGGAGGAUGGAGAGGAGGAGGACGAAGAGGAGGACGAGGAAGAGGAGGAGGAGGAGGAAGAGGACGCCCGGCAAGGCUUUCCAGUUGCUAUGGGUAACAGAGUUGGGAUGCCACGAUCCACAGACUUCCUGCAGCGCAGCACCGACGUGGGCUACGAUCCUCACAGCCCCUUCUCUGACGAGGAGCUGGAGGGGGUACAAGUGGGUGGAGGAGACCGGAAGAUCGGGGCUGGACUGUGA